GGUCCAGGCCGAGCAAGCCGAGCGACGAGUUCAGCUGAUGCAACCUAACUGGACGUGCGUGACAGUUCCCGGCACUCGGCGGCGGCGGCGGCGGCGGCGGCGGCGGUGACUGAGAAAGGGGCACGAGUGCUGGGCUGAGCGCGGGAGACGGAGGCGACAGAGCCAUGGGGGACGCUCUGAGCCCUGAAGAGAAGCUGCACCUUAUCACCCGGAAUCUGCAGGGUAAAGGAUGAGCAAGGUGGGGCACUGGCAUUAAACCAGCUCUUCUGCUUCCACAACAGGAGGUUCUCGGGGAAGAGAAGGUGAAGGAGAUACUGAAGGAGCGGGAACUUAAAGUUUACUGGGGGACAGCAACCACAGGCAAGCCACACGUGGCUUACUUUGUGCCUAUGUCUAAGAUCGCGGACUUCCUGAAAGCAGGAUGUGAGGUAACGAUUCUGUUUGCGGAUCUUCACGCGUACCUGGAUAACAUGAAGGCCCCGUGGGAACUUCUAGAACUCCGAACCAGCUAUUAUGAGAACGUGAUCAAGGCAAUGCUGGAGAGCAUUGGGGUACCCUUGGAGAAACUCAAGUUCAUCAAAGGCACUGAUUACCAGCUCAGCAAAGAGUACACACUAGAUGUGUAUCGCCUCUCCUCCGUGGUCACACAGCACGAUGCCAAGAAAGCGGGAGCUGAGGUGGUGAAGCAGGUGGAGCACCCUCUGCUGAGUGGCCUGCUGUACCCAGGGCUGCAGGCCUUGGAUGAAGAGUAUUUGAAAGUAGAUGCCCAAUUUGGAGGAGUUGACCAGAGAAAGAUUUUCACCUUUGCGGAGAAGUACCUCCCUGCACUUGGCUACUCAAAACGGGUCCACCUGAUGAAUCCUAUGGUUCCAGGAUUAACUGGCAGCAAAAUGAGCUCUUCAGAAGAGGAGUCCAAGAUAGAUCUCCUGGAUCGGAAAGAGGAUGUGAAGAAAAAACUGAAGAAAGCCUUCUGUGAGCCAGGGAACGUGGAGAACAACGGCGUUCUGUCCUUCAUCAAGCAUGUCCUCUUUCCCCUCAAGUCUGAGUUCGUGAUCCUUCGAGAUGAAAAAUGGGGUGGAAACAAAACCUACACAGCUUACUUGGACCUGGAAAAGGACUUUGCUGAUGAGGUUGUGCACCCUGGAGACCUAAAGAAUUCUGUUGAAGUCGCCCUCAACAAGUUGCUGGAUCCCAUCCGGGAAAAGUUUAAUACCCCUGCACUAAAGAAACUGUCCAGCGCUGCCUACCCAGAUCCCUCGAAGCAGAAGCCAGUUGCCAAAGGCCCAGCCAAGAAUUCAGAACCAGAGGAGGUCAUCCCAUCCCGCCUGGAUAUCCGUGUGGGGAGAGUCAUUCGUGUGGACAAGCACCCAGAUGCAGACAGCCUGUAUGUGGAGAAGAUUGAUGUGGGGGAAGCUGAACCACGGACUGUGGUGAGUGGCCUGGUGCAGUUUGCGCCCAGGGAGGAACUGCAGGACAGGCUGGUGGUGGUGCUGUGCAAUCUGAAACCCCAGAAGAUGAGAGGAAUCGAGUCCCAAGGCAUGCUCCUGUGUGCUUCUAUAGAAGGGGCAAGCCGCAAGGUUGAGCCUCUGGACCCUCCUGCCGGCUCUGCUCCUGGUGAGCGAGUGUUUGUGAAGGGCUAUGAGAAAGGCCAACCAGAUGAAGAGCUUAAGCCCAAGAAGAAAGUCUUUGAGAAAUUGCAGGCUGACUUCAAAAUUUCUGAGGAGUGCAUCGCACAGUGGAAGCAAACCAACUUCAUGACCAAGCUAGGGCACAUCUCCUGUAAAUCACUGAAAGGGGGGAACAUCAGCUAGCCAACCUGGCGUCUUCCGCCCUUCUCUCAUCAUGCUGAGUCAUCUGCUGUCUCCUUAAUUUGCUCCCUCCAUCAUCUGCUUACCCAUCUCCCAGAACACUGAAGCAGGAAGUUUGGGACUCUGUGAGGUGCAAGAUUUGGUGAGGGGCAGCUCAGCCUCCCCAGGAUCCAGGAUCACCCUGUCUAGCUGCAGGGAGAGGCUGACCUCCCGGGUGGUGAUGAGCGCGGGGCAAUGCAGGGAGUGCAGCCCUACCUUCUUCCCUUGGCAGCUGACCUGACAAAUCUGGUUUCAAUAUGACAUAACUCA